AUGAGGCUGGCAGGGAGUCUCCAGCUUGUCGUGCUGCUGGCCUUGAGCACUGCGGCCAAAGACCUCAAUAUCCCUCCAGAAGUGGAGCAGCUUCCUACCAUUGUAUUUCACACUACUGGGCCGAUUAUUGCCCUUCCUUCUGACAAUAAUGUGACAAUUAGAUGUGAAGCAAGGGGAAAUCCUCCCCCAGAAUACAGAUGGACAAAAGAUGACUUGGACUUUAUUCCUCCCCAGCCUGCAACAAUCAGAAGUUACCAACUUGCCACUGAUGGUACUUUUGUGCUUCAAAACAAAAGCCUUGCCCGAUUUCAGGGUAAAUAUCGAUGCUAUGCUUCCAACAAGCUGGGAACCGCCAUGACAGAGACCAUUGAGUUAAUAGUUCCAAGUAUGCCAAAAUUUCCAAAGGAGACAGUCGAACCAAUUGUUGUUGAGGAGGGGGAACCAUUUGUCUUGCAGUGUAACCCUCCAAAAGGCAUUUCCCCAAGGAAGAUCCACUGGAUGUCCAUUGGUCUUCAGCACAUUGAGCAAGAUGAGAGGGUUUCCAUGGGCACUGAUGGCAGCCUGUACUUUGCACAUGCCUUACAGAAAGACACUCGUCAGGACUAUUGCUGCUUUGCAGACUUUUUCCGCAUACGCACAAUCGUCCAUAAGACAGCUAUGGCUGUUCAAGUCAAGCCAUUGAGGGUGACUAUUGUGCCGGCAGGCCCCCCUGUGAGAGCACCUGUCCUUCUACUGCCCUCUGGUGUCCAGACAGAACAUGUUCUGUUGAAAGGAGCAGAACUACAGCUCGAAUGUCUACCAGGGGGGUAUCCUACUCCAAAGGUAGAAUGGAUGAAGAUGGGAGACAAGCUUACCCCUCGAGCAACCUUUGACAACUUUGGAAAAUUAUUGACCAUAGCUGCAAUCGAGGAAAGUGAUGAGGGCAAAUACAUGUGCAUAGCCAAGAACUCAGUUGGACAGGCUGUUCACUACUUUGAUGUAAUCGUAGAAGAGUCUCCGAAGUGGCUGACAGAGCCGCCUCACAGUCAACUGACUGUGAUUGGCUCUGAUGUGCACAUCAAGUGCUCGGUCAGCGGUAAACCACAACCUGACAUAAUGUGGAGGAAGAAUGGACACAUUUUUGAAGAUGACCCCUUGAACAACAAACGGGUGCUUGAUGACACAAUAGUCCUACACAACGCUAUGCCAGAUGACAGUGGUGUCUACCAGUGUGAAGCAGCCAACAGACAUGGCGUUGUUUUAGGCAACGUUAACAUCAUGAUCAUGAAUACGGCUCCUCUGAUUCUGACCCAAGACUACCAAGAGUACGCAAUGAUACUUGGCGAGGAUGUGGCAAUGAACUGUAGUGCCUUCGGCUCACCACCUCCCACUAUUUCUUGGGCCAAGGAUGAGACUCCAGAAACCAUUGAAGGAGAAAGAUUUGUUGCCCUUCAGAAUGGGUCGUUACAAAUCUCCAGUGUGGAGAAAAAAGACAGCGGCGAAUAUGUCUGUGUUGCCGAUAACAGCGAGGGCAAGUCGUCUAUCACGGCUGUGCUGGCAGUGAAAGACCCCACACGAAUUGCGAAUGGACCUCAGGACAUGCAGGUCAUUAGUGGGACCACAGCCCAGUUGAUGUGUCAGGCUGAGUAUGAUAAAAGUCUGGAAGACUCACUUGAAGUAUUUUGGAUAAAGGACGGGGAAAAAAUGACCCAUUCCACAGAGGAACGUUCCAGGUACUUUGUGGGUGAUGGAAUGCUUCAGAUAAUGAACGUAAACCUGAGUGAUGAGGGUGUAUACACGUGCAUGGCCAGAACUCGUCUCGAUGAAGCCAAUAUAACAGCAUUUCUCACAGUGCUUGAUGUUCCUGAUGCCCCACAGAACUUAGAGAUAAGUGGACUCAACAAUCUGAGAAAUAUCCGUUUGGAUUGGGUUCCCGGUAGUGAUCACAAUAGUUCUGUAAUAGAAUUUGUUGUGGAGUAUGAAGAGAGCCAAUGGGAGCCAGGCAAGUGGAAGGAGCUCCACAAAGUCCCUGGUAGCCAGGCAACAGCCGAGCUGGCACUCCACGGACAUCUUAACUACCAGUUCAGAGUCUACGCAGUGAAUGCUGUUGGGCCUGGCCCCCCUAGUGAGCCCACUGAGCGCUACAAAACUCCCCCAGCUGCUCCUGAUAGGAACCCAGAAAACAUUAAAAUUCAAGGCCAUCUACCUCACCAGAUGGACAUUACUUGGGAGCCUCUCUUUCCGGUUGAGCACAAUGGCCCUGGCCUUGAGUACAAGGUAAGCUAUAGAAAACUUGCUGUGGACGACACCUGGACAGAACACCUGGUUAAAAGACAUUCCUUCGUUGUGAGGAACACAUCGACGUUCAUCCCGUACGAGAUCAAAAUUCAGAGCAAGAAUAGCCACGGGUGGGGACCGGAACCUAAAAUUACUACUGGUUAUUCUGGAGAAGAUGUUCCCACUGCGGCGCCACGGGAUGUUGCAGUGGAGGUGAUUAACACAACUGUUCUGAGAGUAAGCUGGACCCCGGUUCCGCCUGCCACACUGAGAGGUCACCUAAGGGGGUAUCAUGUUCACUGGCUCAGAAAGCGAAGUUUCUUGAAUCCUGACAGAAUCUUGGAUGAGCGCCACAUGCUGUCAUUCCCCGGGAAGAGGACUCAUGCUAUUGUACCCAGACUUGACGCUUUCUCAGAGUAUACACUUACUGUCAAUGUCUUUAACAAGAAAGGAAAUGGGCCUAGCAGUGACCCAGUCAGCUUUACCACUCCAGAAGGAGUUCCAGAACAAGUGCCUAUUCUGACUACCUCCAAUGCCCGGAGGGAUUCUAUCCGGCUUGUAUGGGGUCCACCACCGGUUGCAAACGGCAUACUGACUGGCUACCUCCUACAAUACCACCUCAUUAAUGAGACCACAAAGGAGGUGGUCGAUUCCCGGGAAAUGAACAUCACAGGGCCUGACACCACCCACUGGCAGCUGGAGGGCUUAGAAGGGGGCAGCCUCUACCUCUUCCACCUCAGUGCCUGUACUCGAGCAGGGUGUGGACCUCCACUGUCGCAGGAGAGCAGCACUGUCACUCCAGCACGUGUGGCAGUUCAACAGCGAGGCAUAUCCACAAAGGGCUGGUUUAUCGGGACCAUGUGUGCUGUGGCGCUCCUCACGCUCAUCGUCCUAAUAGUGUGUUUUAUGCGGAGAAACCAAGGUGGCAAGUAUGCAGGUACGCCGCCGCCUGGGAGACAAGACAUGCUCGCCAUGGACAAAGUGAAAGAAAAGGAAGACAUCCACCCUGAAGAACAAUCACAGGCAAUGAAUGAUGACACCUUCUGUGAAUACAGUGACAGUGAUGAAAAGCCACUGAGGGGCAGCCUCUGUUCCCUGGAUGGCGAUGAUGCGGUCGGGGACAGCGUCAGCAGAGACAGCCUGGUCGACUACGCUGAUGGCGGAGGAGAAUUCAGUGAGGACGGAUCCUUUAUCGGAGAAUAUUCAGGACACAAACAAGGGGGCUCUGUCACUGCACACAAUGGAUUUGGCCCUGUCACUGCAUAA